UGUAAUCGUAGAAAUCGUUUUGUGGCUUGUAGAAACAUCGUGUCGAGACCAAAUAAAUUUUUACUAAUUCUUUAUUUAAUUUUAUUUUAGUGUAAAGAGCCCUUUUUUGAUUAAGUUCUUUGUUUUUUUUUAAAAAGUGAUCAAAGUGGAAAAUUACACGAAACAUACUGGACAGUGGGGGAGAGUGGGUUGGCAACACUUGACAGUUCCCGACCUCCAACGCCGUUAAGAUAUAUAAAUAAUUUGCUUACCUGUUAUCUCUUUCGUUAUUACUUUCAUCACUUGAUGUUUCUGAUGAGUCAGAUUUUCCAUUUUCUCUAUCUUCAAAAAUCACUUCAGAGUUUUCAUCUGUUUUAUUUUUCACAAUGCGUCUUAGAUGACGCUUGGAAUAUCCACAUAGUCGUUCAGUUUUAUAGCGCUUAGACCUUUUCAUAAUCAGUAUUUUAUUCGCACAAAUUUUAAGAAACACGUGGAGUUCACGUUUUACGAGGACAAGAAUAUAUAGACAGAAAGGAAGUGGUAGUCGCCGGUGCUGUUGAAACUGCUGAAAUCAAAUGCAAGAGAUACCGACAGAUUAGCUCGGUCGGAUAAAUGCCUGGCUCGGUGGGCGGACCAAGGGUACUUAGUUCGCGCCCAUUAGCCUGGGAUUUUUCCGGCACGUGAGAUAAUCUGAGCGGGAGGUUUGACGUCGAGGUAUAAUGAUGUGCACUGUCGAUUAUUGUGCAGCACACACCGUUAAAACUCGGCUGUCGAUAAACCGGUUGUACUCAGGAGAGGUUUUCUACAGUUUCCCUCUUCUCUGGCGAGAAAACCCAUUGACGGGUGGUCCAGGCAAAUGCGAGUACUCCUAACCUCAAAAAGUCGUUCUGUAGAAACGCAAAAAGUAGUUGGUAUAUAAGAGUGUGUGUUCUGACAGUUGGCCUAGCUUCAAGUCAUUUAAGAAAAAAAAAAAAAAUGCAAGAGAUAGACCUAACCAAAACUCAACAAGUGUUUAGUGCGCAGAUCUAAAAAUUUCAGCCGUAAGUUUAACAGCAAACGUUAUAGAUGAAAUAUAUUAUACUGUUUUAUAAUAUUUACAAGUAUAAAAAGUAUACGAAUAAUUUUCGUUUUUUAAUGAAAAAGUAUAUUGUAAUUAGUGUUUUAAAGACGGUUAUGUAAUUCAAACAGGUCAAAAAAAGAGAAUUUUGAAUUUUUCCGCCUUUCAUAUUAUGCCUUUUUCAACAAGUGGCAACACUGUGUUUGUCGCGUUCGUCGUAGUUUGCCGGUUACGACAAGUUUAAAAAGUUUAUUUAAAAUACCUCGUUGACACGAUGUACAUUAAUGCAUAUGAAUAUUAAAAGUGUUUCAAAAUAAAAGGUCAUUAAAUAAAGUGAGUUCAUGAUCCGGUAAUUACCAGAAAUCCAAUUCUGAUGUCUGCAAUUAAGAAACUAAACGAUAAAGAAAAUAUGGAUACUAAUGAAUUUCCAUUUGCUGUGGUUAAUUUUGAAGAUGGAAUAGAAAUAAUUAAAACAGAUUGGGCUGUUUAUGAAGACGGGAUAAUUACAAGAAGUUAUUUCCCUCCAAACACUACAAGUCUUCAAUUUCGAAAAAUUUUAUGCAAUGACGAAACCCAGUUUGAUAAACUCGAGUGGUCCAACCAGGAAGGAGAACCCUAUCUUGUGAAAAAAGUUUUUGAUUUUGCGAAGAGGAGAAGAGGAGGAGACUGGAGGAACUGGAUACAGAGAGGAUUCAACUCUUCAAGGAUAUGGAGGAAAUGGAUAGCGAGUCAGAUAGUGAAUCAGCUUUAUCGUAUUCAGAUGUAUUAUCGCACGAAAAAGAAAAUAAGAGUCCUGCGUCCGAAUCAGAGAAGGAGUCUCAAAAUAAGAAUAUGUCGACUAACGAGGAAUCAGGCGAUGAACAAUGCGAGUUACCCGAGGAGGCGGAUUAUUUUCUCGGAUUGAACCCCAUACAGACUCCUCAAGAAUUAAUUCUAAGAAAGGACUUAGCAGAUCGAAUAAAAAAAUGGACAACCGAAGGAUUUGGAAAUAAGGAGGACAAGGAAAAAUUGCUCGCGUCAAUUCCUAAAAAAGGUUUAGUUAA